AUGUCCAACGACAGCAGCCUCCUGGGCUUGUGGGAGGCCUCCGAUUGGGCAGACACCUAUCAGUGCCCUCCCUCUGUAGGCGGGGCCACCUUCCUGAUUGUAGCGUACAGCGCCGUCAUCGCCAUCGGGUUGCUCGGCAAUGCAGGCCUGGUGUACAUCAUCGCCCGGCAACAGGAGCUGCACAACGUGACCAACAUCCUGAUCGCCAACCUGUCGUGCUCCGACAUCCUGAUGUGCGUGGUGUGUCUGCCGGUGACCGUCAUCUACACGCUGAUGGACCGAUGGGUGCUGGGAGAGGCGCUCUGUAAGGUGACCCCCUUCGUCCAGUGCAUGUCAGUGACCGUCUCCGUCUUCUCCUUGGUCCUGAUCGCGUUGGAGCGUCACCAGCUGAUCCUCCAUCCCACCGGCUGGUCUCCCGCUGCAGGACACUCCUACCUGGCCGUGGGGCUGACGUGGCUGGUGGCCUGCUUCAUCUCUCUGCCCUUCCUCUCCUUCAACAUACUCACCAACGACCCCUUCCAGAACAUCAGCCUACCCACAAACCCCUUCAGAGAUCAUCUGAUCUGCAUGGAGCUGUGGCCGUCGGACAAACACCGUCUGGCCUACACCACGUCUCUGCUGCUCUUCCAGUACUGCCUCCCUCUGCUGCUGGUGCUGCUCUGCUACCUCAGGAUCUUCCUCCGCCUGAGACGACGCAGGGACAUGGUGGAGCGCAGCCGCAGGACUCGAGGCGCCCAGAGGAUCAACAUCAUGCUGUUAGCCAUCGUCGUAGCCUUCGCUCUGUGCUGGCUGCCGCUCAACGUCUUCAACACGCUGUUUGACUGGCACCACCAGGCCCUCCCGGACUGCCAGCACGAUGCCAUCUUCUCCGCCUGCCACCUCACGGCGAUGGCCUCGACCUGCAUCAACCCCGUGGUCUACGGCUUCCUCAAUAGCAACUUCCAGAGGGAGCUGAAGAGCACGCUGCAGCGCUGCCAGUGUGGAAACAGAGCGGCGGAGAGCUACGAGAGCUUCCCUCUGUCCACCGUGGCUAGCGAAGGCAUCACCAAGGCAACGUCCCUGAACAGGAUGGGGUCCGUGUGCGUCCCCUCGCCCAGGUUUGAGAUCAGCUCGGCGAUGCCGGCCAAAACGAUACCAGCCAUCACCUAAAGACGGGACUACCAAACUCUUUUCUACCAGAGGAGAAACUCACUGACAGCAGGCUGACUGACACUUUUCUACUUCCACAACUCUCCUCCUGAGGAAGACUCUCACUCCGGCUGUCUGGAGAGGAGGAUGGAGGCGGGAUAAUGUAGCUAA